GAUGCAGCGGAUUGAGCUCGCACCACUUUUGAAGAUGCCAUUGUGCCCAGGGGAUUCUUGGUGCCUGAUUGAUUAUAAGUGGUUCAAAAAGUGGCAGAGAUAUGUGGGUUUUGAAAGCUGGGACCUGUAUUAUGCAGGAAAGCAUGAUUACUACCCAGGACCCAUUGACAACUCAAAACUUGUUGCAGAUUCAGAAACCCAGGCUUUAAAGAGAUAUUCCAUUGAAGGAGUGGACUAUGAGGUGAUUCCUAUUGAAGCCUGGAAUAAGUUAGUCAAUUGGUAUGGCUGUAUAGAAAGACAGAGACCAAUUGAGAGAAAGGUUGUGGAGUACGGAGAAUAUUUCAAAUACUGUAGAGUAGAAAUUUAUCCUUCAGAGUCGAAGCCAUCUCAAAAUAACGACUCUGUUAAUCUUGUAAGAUCUCAAUUUAAACCAGUAGAAGAUUCUGCUGAAUAUGGAGGAAUCGUAAAUCUCCAAAAGAAAUUAUCUCAGUCACAGCUUGAGAUUCAUUACGUGGCUGAGGUAAAUGUGUCACCAGUGGCUGAGGUCCCUAUUCAGUGCCAUAGUGACACAGGAGUGGAGCAAGCUGAAGUAAUUGGGGAUUUAGAAGUGCCAGUCAUUAAUGAAAAUGAUUUGUUUGAACACCGUGGAGAAAUUAAUACUGUUAUAAAGAAUAAUAGUUUAAAAAGUGACUGUGCCUUUACAAAAGAUUUGCCAGAGAAAGAUGGUAACAUGAAGUUGCUUGGUGCUAACAGAAAAAACAAUGUGGUUCCCAGUAAAGAUGAGAAGGAAGAUGAAGUUCUGAAGGAAUUUUGGGAAAUGACUGACUCUAUUUGCUCAGUGGUUACCUCUGUAGUCAUUACAAGUACAGAGCAUGGUCAGCAGGUGUGGCCAGAGGAAAAUUUACCUCAGGAAAACACCAGAUUUGGUCAGUUUGAGUUGCUGUGCGCAGGAGAGCCCAAGGGACCAACUAACACACCAAAGAAGAUGGACAUCUUGAGCCUGUGGAUCAUCGCCAAACGCAGGGAACCAAGAAACCAGCAGAAGUUGUUUUUCAACGGAGAGAGUUCUGAGGACUUCAAUGCGGCAGAGAUUGACAGUUUCAACUAUCAUCAGUUUACUUUCGAUGUUCCACAAAAGUGCUUGGACUAUGUUUCGCAAGACUUCUUGAAUGACUCUUGGAAGUUUCGCAAAAGACAUUUUGGGACAGAGAGAGUUCAUUGUGUUGCUGGGAAGGAUGAGUGUGGUUGUCCCCAACAACACGUUAACCUCUGGAAUGCUCCGCAGAGUGAGACAUCGAAGAACUGUACCAACUGGACUGGAGAGGAAGAUUGCUAUGAGUUGGACAAAGUGUCUGGAAGAUGUUUUGGUCCAGUGUAUAAAUAA